AUGGGAUUGUUAUUGACAGAAAUAAGAGGAAGGAAGCUUUUGUCACGAGGGGACUGGAUAAAAAUCAUCGUCUGGAUGCUGCCUUCAUUUCUGUUCUAUGACAUAAUUCUAGGUAAAAAAGAUAAGAAAUCCUUUGAUAGUGAUGACAGAUCUCCAUUUAAAGCAAGAAAAGAAAAAAGAAGUGUAUAUUCCUUUACAAGUGAGGAAUUUUCUCCAUUAAAAGCUAGGAAAGCUAGGAAAUCCUUUACAAGUGAGGACAGUUCUCCAUUAAAAGCUAGGAAAGCUAGGAAAUCCUUUACAAGUGAGGACAAUUCUCCAUUAAAAGCUAGGAAAUCCUUUACAAGUGAGGAUAGUUCUCCAUUAAAAGCUAGGAAAUCCCUUACAAGUGAAGAUAGUUCUCCAUUAAAAGCUAGGAAAUCCUUUACAACUGAGGACAAUUCUCCAUUAAUUGCUAGGACAUCCUUUACAAGCAAGGACAGUUCUCCAUUAAAAGCAAUAAAAGGUAGUAGAGAUAAGAAAUCCUUUGAUAGUGAUGACAGAUCUCCAUUAAAAGCUAGGAAAUCCUUAAAUAGCAAAGACAGUUCUCCAUAUAAAGCAAGAAAUGGAAAAAGAAGUGUGGAUAAUUCUUCAUUAAAAGCUAGGAAAUCCUUUACAAAUGAAGAUAGUUUUCCAUUAAAAGCUAGGAAAUCCCUUACAAGUGAAGAUAGUUCUCCAUUAAAAGCUAGGAAAUCCCUUACAAGUGAAGAUAGUUCUCCAUUAAAAGCUAGGAAAUCCCUUACAAGUGAAGAUAGUUCUCCAUUAAAAGCAAUAAAAGGUAUGCCCAUCUCCUUAGUUAUAAAGGCAAAAGAAAUGAAAGCUGAAAUUAUAGAGUAUCUGCAGAAUUAUAAGCCAUUUAAAUCAUUGCCAAAAGUUGAAAGCCUGUUUAACCAUUAUGUUGACAACACUAGAGGCAUAUCUGAGGAAGUGAGAGAUGAAUUAACUUCAUAUCUUAGCUUGACAUAUAAAGACAUUUUCAAUCUAUCUGUCAGUUCUGACAUUCCAUCUAUGAUGCACAACACUAUAUCAUUCAUAAACAUCAUUCAAGCCAUUAACAAUUAG